UUUCUUGUAUUUAAAUAGUAUUUAAAUACCUUUUUAUGGUAUUGAAUACUAAUGUAUUUGAAAUACUUUUAUACUUAUGAAUAUAUUAUUUUAUUAAAAAUCAAAAUGUCACAUCUCGCAAAUUGUCAACGAAAAAAAUAUACCUAUAUAUUAUAAAACUAGAUAAAUUAAAUGAUUUAUUUCAUAGAUAAAAGUUUAAAUGAAGUGAUUAUGAAUUUUGAGAACUAAAAUAUUAUGUUUACGACUGCGUGUCGCCGUACAAUAGUACAAUAGUACUUAGUUAUCGCAUAAUAUUAUCUAUAAGACUAUACAAAUAUAAGUAUUGUAUUGCAGCCUUUGGGUAGGUACCUAUGUGGGCUAUGAUUUAUGACCUACCUAAUAACUAAUAAGUAAUAAUAUAUUAAAUUUGUCCGUCACCACGUAAAAACCACAGCGGAUAAUCCCACAACUCACAAAUAAACCUAUUGGCUAUUACCUACGACUCGUUCUCGGCUUUAUUGCACGUCGCACGAAACACAAGCAGUUAGCACAUCAGCGUCUUUGUAGUUUGUACUGAUAUUCCGUAUUGACCGUAUUCGUUUAUUAGUUUAUUACCUACCUACUUUGUGCUAUACGUUUAAAAUGAACAAUAUUGUUGAAAAUGUACCAUUUCCAUUUCCGAUGUAUAAUGCACAUUUUAAAGUUAUAUGUGUACUUGAAGACAAAAUUUAUUAUAAAAAAUUAAAAGUAAAAUGUGUGAACUGUCCGGGAACAAAGGAACUUACAAUUGACUCACGCUCAAAUUCAAACAUUCGUAAACAUUUAUCAAACCAGCAUCCAAACAUUUUGGCAGAUAUUGAUAAGUUGGACAAAAAAAGAAAUGUCGAUGAGGUCAAUGCAAAGAAUAAUAAACCGGAUAAUAUGCUUUUGGAUUUUAUUUCGAACAAAAAAACUACUAGCCAAGCUACGUUAAAUCAACUUGUUCAGAGGUUUAUUAUAAGUGCUAAUAUAUCUUUUGCAAUUGUGGAAAACUCUGUUUUCAAAGAAAUAAUCGAAAGAGGAUUUCCAAACAGAAAAUUAUUGAGUCGUCCAACUUUAAUGAAGCAAAUUGAGUCUGAAUUUGAAUCAUCAGUAGCUAAACACAAAUUAAAAUUGUCAAAAAUUGUACAUGUUGCAACAACAGCAGAUUGUUGGUCAAUAUUUAAAAAGUCAUACAUUGGUAUAACAGCAUCUUGGUACGAUGAGGAUUUACAAAGAAACACAAGUCUUCUUGCUAUUCGCAGGUUAGAAGGAAGUCACACGUUUGAAAUGUUGGCCAAGUAUAUGGAUAAUGUAUAUACUGAAUUUGAAAUAUCAGAUAAAAUAGCAUAUACAACUACUGAUAAUGGUUCUAACUUUGUAAAAAGUUUCAAUGUGUAUGGCUGUAUUUUUGAAGAUUAUUAUAAUGAAGAUAUUGGUAUUGAAAAUGUAGAUGAUUGUGAAAAUGAUGAUGGCAUUGAAAUGUUAGAGUUGAAUGAUGAAUUGAAUAAAAAUAUAAAUAAUGAUUUACCAUAUUCACUACCCAGACAUCAUAGAUGUGCAGCUCAUACACUGAACUUAAUAACGUCAACGGAUGCAAAAGUUGCAUUAUUAGACCCUGUAUAUAAAAAACAGUCGAGGAUUACAUUUGGAAAAUGUGUAAGUCUCUGGAAUAAACAAGGACGUUCUACAAAAUCAGCAGAUUUGAUAAAAAAGCACUGUGGUGUUUAUUUGAAAACACCAUGUGAAACACGUUGGAACUCGUGGUAUGAUUCUGUGUCAUUUUUAUACAAGUAUCUCAACAAAAAUGAAUCUAAGUUCAGAUUAGCUAUGGACGAAUUAGAUAUUGUCAGGUUUAACAAAAACGAUAUUGAGUUUUUGGGAAAUUAUGAAAAAGUAUUACAACCAAUUUCCAUAAGUCUGGACAUGCUUCAAGGAGACAAACAUAUGAACUUUGGAUUUUUACUGCCAACAAUUGAAGAACUCUCUUCAAAAUUUACACUUAUGUCUCGAGAUGAUACCAUUUCUAAAAGUAUACAACCUCUUGUGUCUGCUUUGCUUACUGGCAUUAAUAAAAGAUUUGGGGAUUUAUUACAAAAUAAGUUUUUAAUUAUUGCAUCAGUGAGUAAUCCUUAUUUUAAAGUGGCAUGGAUUAAAAAUGAUGUAAGAAAGCAAAUGGCUAUGGAUGCAUUUAGAAAUGCUUGUUUACAAAUAUAUGAAAAAGAGUGUGUUUCCAAUACUCAAGAACCUAAUAUUGUAGAAAGUUAUGAUGAACCAUCAUUGGACUUUUUUACGUGGUCUUCUUCAAACAAUAUGAAUGGUAUAGAUUCGGUAGAUAUUGAAAUUAAUCAAUAUUUUAGGACUUCGCCAACAAAAAACUUGGAUUGUUUGCAAUCACUUCCUAUACUUAAAAAAGUAUUUAUUAAAUACAAUACACCUCUCCCCAGCAGUGCUUCGGUUGAAAGGGUAUUUAGUGUAGGAGGAGCUACGUUAACAAAAAAGAGAACAUCCAUUAGUGACAAGCAUUUUGAACAAAUAAUGUUUUUAAAAUGUAAUAAUCAAUGCAAUAAUAAAUAAUAAUAAAAUGAUGA